CUUCGAAAGCGGUCCCGGGCUCCGGCCGCCGGCUUCCCGGCGACCCUCUCUCGACCCCCUGCCGGGUCGCAGAGUUCUGUCUUUCCGACCUCGCACCAGAGACCCCGCAGCCCGGACUCCGACUCUCCCGCCUGGGACAAGUCCGAGGCCCCGGCGACCCCUCGAGUCGGGGCCUGCCUGGCUAACCCUCCGGCCGAAGGCCGCCCGCCGUCGCCAUGGCAUGCAGUUUGCAGAAGCUGUUUACUGUGGAAGAAGAGUUUGAAGAUGAGGACUUCUUGUCUGCCGUGGAGGAUGCAGAGAACCAGUUUGCUGGCUCGCGGCCUGUGAAGGCUGGGUGCCUGAGACCCGUCUCUUCCAGGCCACAGGACUCCGUGCAGUCACAGUCUUCUGGGCAGUUGCCAUCAGGCCCCACUGCUCCUUCAGAGGCUUUGCGCCAGUCAGCUCUGGGACUCCGCCUUCCUACCUCCAGCAUGCCCGGGGCCAUCAGGGGUCCACCUUCCGUAGGAACAGCCCCCCUAAGGCCUGUCUUGACUUCUAGCAAUUGGACUGGCCAUCAGAGACAAGGGACACUGACUGAAGUGCUCAAAGAGCCAGCCAGACCCCAGACCUCCGCUUCCUGCUCCCUGCUCAGGUUUGAGAGCCAGCAACCAGUGACUGGGGGCUUCGAGGGGCCUGAACAAGAUGAAUUUGAUGAGGUCCUGGCAAGCAUGGAGCUGGAGGGGCCUGGCAUGGAGCUGGACCUUGGAGUCAGCAGUAAGGCCCCAGGAAUCCUGCCCACCUGGCAUCAGGAGGACUCAGCAGUGGCUAAAAAGGCCCGGGUAGCUGAUCUGAGCAGGUCUUGCCAAAAGGGGCCCAUACCUGCUCCCCACAUACCUAGUGUCCUGUCAGCCCACGAUGAGCCUCCAGAGCCUGUUGUCCACUGUAGGACUCUACAACCCCCCUUGAGAUCUGGUGCCACCAGCAACCUUCCCAUCCCAACUGCUUCAGUGGUUCCUGCUCAGCAGCCCCCCUGGGAAGCCUGUCGGAAGGGCCCCCCAGUUCAGGCACCACAACCUCCCCAAGCGGCUGGCAGGCCUGUUCAGAGCAGCCCGCAAAACCAUUUCCCCGGUCACUCAUUCCAGUGUCCAAAUGCCUCCAUACCUGGCAAAUCUCAUUUUCCCGGACCACGAACUCCCAACUCGAUCUAUUCUACUCCCUCGAGGACUAUCUCUGGAUCAUUUCCUCGGAGCCCCUUACAACCCCGAGCUCCAGUGUCUUCUGUCAAGUGUCCUCUCAGCACCCCAAAGAGCCCCCAUUCCUCCCUGGCUCCCCAGGCAGUUCUGCAGACACCCAUCGUCACCAACCACCUGGUGCAGCUGGUCACUGCCGCCCACCGGACACCCCAGCAGCCCGCCCACCCCAAAACUCGCCGCUUCCCCGGCCCGGCCGGGGUCCUGCCUCACCAGCACAGUGAGAAGAAUCUGGAGGAGAUCGUGGUUUCCACACCCCAGACUCCGACUCACGGUGCUCGGGCUAAAUUCCCGACAGAGAUUGUUACUAGUUCCCAGGCAUCGGUGGAGGAGGAUUUUGGGCGAGGGCCCUGGCUGGCCAUGAAAUCUGCUCUGGGCCUGGACGAGAGAGAUUCUACCUGCUUUCUCUGUACCUAUAGCAUCGUCAUGGUGCUGCGGAAGGCAGCCCUGAAGCAGCUUCCCAGGAACAAGGUCCCCACCAUGGCAGUGAUGAUCAAGUCCCUGAGUCGGAGCACGAUGGAUGCCAGCGUGGUUUUCAAGGACCCCACCGGAGAGAUGCAGGGCACGGUGCACAGGUUGCUGCUUGAGACCCGUCAGAGUGAGCUGAAGCCUGGCUCGGUGCUGCUGCUAAAGCAGGUUGGAGUGUUUUCUCCUUCGCUCCGAAAUCACUACCUCAACGUGACGCCCAACAACCUGGUCCAUAUUUACAGCCCAGAUUCCGGGGAUGGGAACUUCCUCAAGCCAUCUCAGCCCUUCCCCAAGAACCCAGGAAGCUUCCCUGGCAGCCUCCAUCAUGAGAUUGCAAAGUUUGGAAAAGGCUUCAGAACAGCAGAGAAUGCAGAGGCAGUGGCAUCCCCUGAGGAAGAACUCCCAGAAGCAGAUGACCUGGAUGGACUCCUGAGUGAGCUCCCUGAGGACUUCUUCUGUGGGACCGGCAGCUGGGACUGCCCCACGACAAGGCCCCCACCGUGAGCAGCCAGCCUCUUGGCACCCAGGCAAGGCUCUGGUUGUGUCUGAUUGAGUCCCAAGGAGAGAGGAAGCCCAGCAUGAUGGGAGAAUAAACAAAGCUCAGGACUAUGGCUGCCCCUACCCUGGAUGCCUACCCUAGGAACGCCCUCGACCCUCCAAUUCUACACUGCUCUCACCUUGGGUCUUCUUUUGGCAUUCCAGAACUCAGCCCAAGGAUGGCCCUUCUGCUCUACUGUCCUCCAAGCCCUUGGAUGCAGCUGCUGUUCCUUUUCCUCCUGCCAACAGGGAAGGUGUGGCCCCCUCCGGCCUCCCCUUGACUUUAGAGGACCCCGAUCCCUUUACUCCCUAUUCCUUGGACAGCUGAGGAGUCACACCACAGCCGUGGCGACCUGUCCCUCUGGUCAGGGGAGGAACACUCUCAGACUUCCCUCUGCUUUGUCUCGAGAGGCCUGCAGCUGCCCAGCUCACCUGUGCUCAGGUUCCCAGGUGCGGGGGCGGGGC